AUGACCACAACGUUCACGGCCCUAAAUGGGGCCUCAGCAAAACCCACGGAAGGAACCAACGGGACGACAGAUUUGGAUCCGCCAAACGGCCAGUCAUCUGCCCCGGAAACCAGGAGCUCCGACUUGUCCAACAAUAUCCAGAGGGAUUCAGAGACCCGGAGAAGCACUAACCACGACAGGCUGCCCUUCCCUGGAGCCGCUACUCACCUUGAUGUGGAGAUCUCGCACAAGCGAAAGCGGUCAAUCACAGACUCGCCAAGGAGAGAGGGUGUCCCAUCGCCCCCAGAGAGACGGGGGAGAGAUGAGAGGUUAGACAGGCUGGAGAGACUGGAGAGGCUGGAGAGGCUGGAGAGGUCAGAGGAAUUGGAGAGGACAGAAAGGACAGAUAGGAGCGAUUUGGCGGAACGGACAGAGCAGCACGGGCCAGCCAGGCGUCAAUCGGAAUCACGCGAUGGGUACAGCACACCACAGAAGGAUGCUCAUCGAGAGCAGCGCGAAGAAGGGAGAGACAGCAGCGAGCAAUGGCAUUCGCAGCAGGGCAGGGAGGAGCGCAAUUCGAGCUAUGAGGGGCCAUACUCGGCUGGUCCGGUAUCCGCCCAGUCAGACGAUCAGGGGGGCGAUCUGCUCCGGAGGGCAGGGAGCCAGGGCGACAGCGUGGACUACGGGGACCAUGGGGACAACGGGGAACAAAGCCCAGAUGCGGACGACCACACCAUGUAUUCUGUCCAGUAUUCGCAUGAACUUCGCCGGGACGGUGUUAUCCAGUCUGACCCCAAGAAGCGCAAGCGGAAUUUCAGCAACCGGACCAAAACGGGUUGCCUGACCUGCAGAAGACGGAAGAAGAAAUGUGACGAGCAAAAACCCGAGUGUAACAAUUGUAUGAAGGGAGGCUUUGUCUGCCUCGGCUACCCCCAACAAAAGGGUGGGUGGUCUAAGCCCGAGAGCAAGCCCACGCAGGUCAAUAUUGAGUCGAAGGAUCCAAAUUAUGUCCCGCCUGGAGCAUAUGGAAUGCCUCAGCAACCGCCCUACAACAGCAGCCAGCCAUUAUUGGGCCAGCAGCCAAAGCGCGAUCCCUUGCCAUAUAACCGCGGCCAGCCCGGGCUGCGAAUUACGCCGCCCCAAGGUCGUCCCUUAAAGGCAGACGACGAUAGGCCGACAGCGUCGACACUCCCAAGUGCCUCGAUUGUCAGCAGUUCCGACAACAAGCUCUCAGCACUGUCAGUAUACACGACGGCAACAUCGGCGAACGUGUUCCCCACCCCUGUUAGCGCCGCCACCAUGUCUGCCUUCUCGGAUCGGACACCGAAGGAGUACCAGCGGGUACCACCCCUUCACGAUCUCACGCGGACGGAGCCAGAUCAGCAACAACCACCACCGCCACCGCCUCCCCAAAGCACAACGAUGGCCCAGCCCCCGUACCCCCUCCCGCGUGCCGGCAGGACCGCUACUCCCCCAACGGCGUCGAGUUUGACGCCGCAGGCACCGUCGGUCAGCGGCGUGCAGGCGACAGCGCAGCUCGCGCUCUCACACACGCACUCUUUCGCGGCCGACCGGCCACGUCACGAGAAGGAGGAGAUGAUCCAGGGCCGCCUGUACUACCCCUUCGACAAGGAACUGGUGCUGGAGCGGGAACGGUGCAACGCUGCCUGCUGGCGCUUCAACAACUCCACCAACCCGAACCUGGGCGUUUCCCCCGCCGAGCGGGCCCGCCUCUUCCGCGACAUUCUCCACCCCCGCGAGGGCGUGCACCUCUCCCCGACCAUGAUGUCGCCCGUGACCCAUACGGGGCGCGUCGGCGAGGAUGUGACGGUCGAGGCGCCCUUCACUUGCGACUACGGCUACAACAUACACAUUGGCAACAAUGUAUCCAUCGGCCGCAAUUGUCUGAUCAAUGACGUCUGCGAGGUGCGCAUCGGGAAAAACGUCAUCAUCAGCCCCAACGUGUGUAUCUACACAGGCACGUGCUCGACGGAUCCGCGGCGGCGUGACGGGAAUCGAGGGACUCAGUACGGCAAGCCGGUCACUAUUGAGGAUGAUGUCUGGAUUGCUGCCAAUGUCAUCAUCCUCCCUGGCGUCAGGAUCGGGAGAGGAUCGACUGUUGCGGCCGGGAGCAUUGUUACGAGGGUGAGCCUUAUCUUCUACACUGGUAGAUCGUUUCGGCCGUUGUGUGCUGUGUCUAACCGCUCCGUUUUCCAGGAUGUGGCCACGUUCAGUCUCUACAUGGGUGUCAAGGCCGGGCAUCGGAGGGGAAUUGCUUUUGUGCCUUAA